AUGUCCGCGCUCCAGGUAGCAAAUGCCAUUCAGAUCGCCUCGAAUCCAUCCUCCGACCAAGCCCUAAAGUCGCAAGCGUUUGACUAUCUCAACCAAGUUCGCUCCGAUCCCUCCGGAUGGCCCGUCUGCCUCAGCCUCUUCACCAAAUCUCCCCCACAGCCCGAGAUCGUGCGACAUGCGAGCUUGGAAAUUGUCAAUAGCGCCGCUCAGACGGGUCUAAUCGAUCUCGCCUCGCUGGCAGUCGUACGAGAUGGAUUGAUGACAUACCUGCGGAAUGUCUAUGGUCCCAACCGCACCGCCACGCCAGAUGCACCUUACAUGCAGAACAAAAUUGCACAAACCGUCACUUUCCUCUUUUCCGCACUCUACGCCAAUGGCUGGGAGACUUGCUUCGACGACCUUCUUAGCCUGACCUAUAAAAGCUCCGCCAGCACGAGCCGCGACAACCCACUCGGAAUCGUCUUUUACUUGCGUGUGGUGAACUCGAUCCACGAGGAAAUCGGAGAUGUUCUGGUGUCGAGGUCGCGCGGAGAGCAGGAUAAGGCGAAUAGUCUGAAGGACUUGAUCCGAGAACGGGACAUGCAGAAGAUCGCUAGCUCGUGGCAGGAAAUUUUGUCGGCAUGGCGGGACGCCGACGACACAGUGGUGGAGCUGUGUUUGAAGGCGGUCGGCAGCUGGGUGAGCUGGAUUGAUAUCGGUCUGGUCGUGAACCAGACAAUGUUGGACCUACUCUUCCAGCAGCUGGGUCGGGCGGAGAAGCAAGAAUUGCGCGAUGGUGAGCAGCGGGUUCGGGAUGCCGCGGUGGAUGUCUUUACCGAGAUCAUUGGCAAGAAGAUGAAGCCUGCCGACAAGAUUGAAAUGAUCAUCUUCCUCAACCUCGACUCGAUUGUUACCCAGCUCUCGAACAGUCCCCCGUUGCGAGAAACUCGAUUCACCUUCAAGUAUGAUACCGAUCUGGCCGAGACCGUCGCUAAGCUGGUGAACAUUACGGUCAUGGACAUUGUGCGGGUACUCGAGACCGACUCGGGCGCUGUGAAAGACAAGGCGAACGACCUUCUCCAGGUUUUCCUGCCUCACAUCUUGCGAUUCUUCUCGGAUGAAUACGACGAAGUCUGCUCGACUGUGAUUCCCUGUGUCAACGACAUGCUCGCCUACGUUCGGAAGGUUUCCAAGGCGGAUCCUUCCCAGGAAGCUCGCAACAAGGCGAUUCUUCUCCCCAUCUUGAAAGCGAUCGUCGCGAAGAUGCGAUACGAUGAAACCUCCAACUGGGGCGACGAGGAUGAGCAAACCGACGAGGCCGAGUUCCAGGAGUUGCGCAAGAGGCUGGGUGUGCUGCAGCAGAUUAUUGCCUCCGCAGAUGAACAAUUAUACAUCGAUGCUAUUUCAGAAGUGGUGGGAACAACCUUCGAGAACCUGCGUGCUUCUGGCGGCCAGAUCGACUGGCGUGACCUGGAUCUGGCUCUGCAUGAGAUGUUCCUGUUUGGUGACCUGGCUGUCAAGGCUGGUGGUCUGUACGUCAAGGGCUCGGCCACUGGCCCUGCUGCCGUUCGCCUCAUUGAGAUGAUGCUUGGAAUGGUUGAGUCCGAUAUCCGAUCUUUCACCCACCCUGCCACACAACUCCAAUACAUGGAGAUUUGCGUCCGCUACACCUCCUUCUUCCAGCGUCAUGCGCAUCUCAUCCCCGGCGUUCUGGAGAGCUUCCUCCAGCUUGUUCACCACACGAACCGCAAGGUGAAGACCCGCUCGUGGUACCUGUUCCAACGGUUGGUGAAGCAGCUUCGGGGCCUCAUUGGGAAUGUGGCGCAAACCGUUGUUGAGGCUUUGGGCGAUCUCUUGGUUAUCCAAGCUGAGCUCCCCUCCGAAGGUGAGGAUGGUGAUGAGAUGUCGUCCGAGGAUCACGAGGGCUCUGCAGAUGCCGUUUUCAACAGCCAGCUGUACCUAUUUGAGGCUGUCGGCGUCAUCUGCUCAACCAACAGCGUGCCUGUGGACAAGCAGGUUCUCUACAUUCAGUCGGUUGUGAACCCUAUUUUCGCCGAUAUGGAGCGCAAUCUCCCUGCUGCCAAGUCCAACGAUGAACGGGCCCUGCUGCAGAUUCACCAUGAUAUCAUGGCUCUGGGAACCCUUGCUCCUACCACCAACCCCCCAGGCAACUUGCCCGCGCCAGAGGUCUCCGAGUGCUUCUGCCAGGUGGCAGAGGCGACUUUGGUAUCCCUCGAGUCUCUCAAAACGUCAUUCAAUAUCCGCACUGCUGCCCGGUUUGCCUUCUCGCGGCUCAUUAGUGUUCUAGGGGCUCGCAUCUUGCCCCAGCUCCCUCGCUGGAUCGAUGGGCUUCUGACCCAAACCUCCUCGCGUGAUGAGAUGGCUCUGUUCCUGCGUCUUUUGGACCAGGUCAUCUUUGGAUUUAAGAGCGAGAUUUACAGCAUUCUUGAUACUCUCUUGACCCCCUUCCUGCAGCGCGUUUUCUCAAGCAUUGCGGACCCUACCACGGGUACUGAUGAUGAAAUCCAACUGGCUGAACUUAAGCGUGAAUACCUGAACUUCUUGCUCGCUGUAUUGAACAAUGAUCUUGGAGCUGUGAUAAUUAGCGAAAGAAACCAACCCCUUUUCGAAACCGUCAUUACUACCAUUGAGCACUUUGCCAAGGAUAUUGACGACUUUACGACCGCCAAGAUGGCCUUCUCUGUCCUUUCCAGGAUGGGUAGUGCUUGGGGUGGUCCAGACAUUGCCCCCGGAGCUACCAAUGGAGCCGCACCUACUCAAACAGCACUCCCUGGAUUCGGCGGAUUCAUGAUCAGCCGCUUCUCACCCCUGUGCUGGGCUCUCCCUACCACCCCAUCCUUCAAUUCUAAGGAUGCACUUGCCAAGCAAGUUCUUGCUGAGGCGGGUGCACUCCAGCGCACAAUCUACCUCAAGACGAGUAUGGAAUAUGUUGAAUACUUGCGGACCCAGGAGCUGCCCGGCAUGGGCAUGGGCGGCGACCUGAUCGAAGAGUUCUUGACUGCACUCAGCCAGCUGGACAUGAAGGGGUUCCGGCAAUUCUUCCCAUCAUUCAUUCAGCGAUUGAGCGCAUAA